UCGGUCCGGAGCUCGUCACAAAGGAGGCGCUCCGGUGAAGUUGUGCCCCGCGCAGAUGCAAGUUUAUGCGCGCUCGGAAAAUUCCCAGACGGUACAGAGGUGGAUCCUAUAUAAUUGCUCCAGUGGAAGCGGCGCGCUGUGAGAGGAGGCCCCAGCUGCACGAAAUGAAAUCUUUGUCGAGUGGACGAUUGUAGUUAAAAAGUUACUGCUGCUGGCAGAGAAGAGGCAGUUUUUCUUCAUUUUCAAUCAGACCGUUUUCUCAAGCAGCUGGUCUUUCAAUGUGGGAUACAGUUUUAGUGCUUUCGCCAGGCUGAAAUCCUCCAGGGUCAGGACCUCACUCAUGGCAGCUUUGCUCCUUGGGCUGCUGCUUUUUGCAAUUCAGUCCCCCCCAAUCCCCUCCAGACCAGUGGCUGAUGGGGGUCCACCUUUACCUCCAACCUCAUCACCUGCUGACAACGGGACCACCAGCCACCCGAAUGGGACACUCCAGCAACUUCCCCACAUUAUAAUCAUUGGUGUGAGGAAGGAGAACCGGGCGUUGAUUGAGAUGCUCAGCCUGCACAGCUCAGUGGCAGCAGCUCAGAACGAGGCACUUCUUGACUGGGAGAGCCACUUUCAGAGGGGCUUGCCUUGGUAUCUCAGCCAGAUGCCGUACGCUUUCCCUGACCAGGUGACUGUUGAGAAGACGCCGGCCUACUUCACCUCCAGCAUCCCUAAACGCAUUCAUCAGAUGAACCCUGACAUCAAGCUGCUGCUCAUUCAAGACCCCACAGAGCGGGUGCUCUCGGACUACCAGGUCUUUUACAACCGUCUCCAGAAACACAAGCGCUACCAGCCCAUUGAAUCCGUGCUGGUGAAGGACGGUGAGAUCAAUCUGGGAUACAAGGCUCUCAAUCGCAGUCUUUACUAUGUCCACAUGCAAAACUGGCUACAGUACUUCCCACUGGAGAGCAUUCAUAUCGUGGAUGGGGACGAGUUGAUCAGAGACCCCUUCCCUGAGAUGAUAAAGGUGGAAAGGUUCUUAAAGCUGGAAUCGCAAAUAAACGCUUCAAAUUUUUACUUCAAUAAAACUAAAGGAUUCUACUGUUUGAGAGACCACGGGCGAGAGAGGUGUUUACAUGAUUCAAAAGGCAGGGCUCACCCUCAUGUGGCUCCUGCCAUCCUGCAAAAACUCUACCAGUUCUUUCACGAACCCAACAAGAAGUUCUUUGAGCUGGUGGGUCGAACAUUCAACUGGAAAUGAACGUCAGAGUAGUUUGUUAGUAGCUUCUUGGGGGAUAAUCUCCUUAAAUUGUGUGGGGUUUUUUCCCCCUCACUAACAAUGUAGACAGAGAGUCAAAGCUAAUGUAAAUUAAAGUAAAUCUAUUUUUGUACUAGUGUGUUUGCUACAGGAGAAUGAUCCAGCCAAAUAUCAGGGCAGACUGCAUUUUAUGACAUGCUGUUAGUGCGUGUCUUGUUUUUUCUUUCUUAAACACAUUCUCUGUAUUUCUGUGCUGUUACACACUUCACACUGCUGUUCAGCUCCUCUGAUCAAAGCAGAUGACUUAUUAUGACACUGAUAAUGACAUUCAGACUGUAGACUGUGAUAAUGUGUUACAUCAAGAUUAGUACUGAGCAGUUUAAUAUUAGUCAUACCCUCUUGUUUCAUUUCAUAUGACAUUAUUAACAUCUAACUGCAUUUUUAGUGCUCUGAGGACCUUACCUGCUGCUAUGUUUUUUUUUUUGUUUUUUUUUCCCCAGUCACUUUGAGGCAUACGCCACACUGAAUAUGUAUUUGUUCUUUGUUACUCAAGAUUUUCUUCAUGUAAGAGUCAAAUAUAUAAAUGCUGUAUGCACAUCCUAUAUUGCUGAUUAUUACUGUAAUUGUUUUUUUUUAAGUGA